CACAUGAUUUCAACAUGGCGGACGACACUAAAAUUUAAGGGAAAUCUUUCAAAUGUUACUUUAUUGAUAAUAACAGUUACAUGUUUAAACUGAAUUUAAUAUAAACUUACAAAAUGGAUUUCAUAGCACAUUGGAAAAACUGGAUAAGGCCUUUGACCAUGAUGGUUUAUUUCAUUUUGAUGAUGAUUGCAAUUCCACUGUGUAUUAUAGAACUAACAAGUAACAAGGAUAAACAUGUAAAAGCAUGGUUUACAGGAGGUGUAUUUGUGUUGAUUGCCGUCCCCUUGUCAUUAUGGGAAAUAAUCCUUCACACAAUAAAUUAUACUCAACCACAUCUCCAAAAAUAUAUAAUUAGAAUCAUCUGGAUGGUACCAAUUUAUGCCCUUAAUGCUUGGUUUGCCUUGAGAUUUAAAGAAGCUGCUAUAUAUUUGGACACAAUCCGCGAGUGUUAUGAAGCAUAUGUGAUCUACAACUUUAUGGCAUACCUGCUAAGCUAUCUCUGGAGCGUUCAUCCCCAACUAGAAAUAGCAAUGCGCAGGAGCAGGCCACAGAAACACCUUAUACCAUUCUGCUGUUUGCCACCAUGGCCAAUGGGAAGUAAAAUGUUGCAGCGCUGUAAACAUGGAGUGUUACAGUACACAGUUGUCAGACCAAUAACUACCAUCAUAGCAUUAAUAUGUGAGGUAAAUGGUGUAUAUCACGAAGGGAAAUUCAGUGGAAAAGCAGGUUGGACAUACCUUGUUAUUAUAAAUAACAUCUCUCAGAUUUGGGCGAUGUACUGUUUGGUGCUGUUUUACCGAGCUACCCGGCAAAUGCUGGCCCCUAUCAAACCUAUUCCCAAGUUUCUGUGUGUCAAGUUUGUUGUCUUCUUCUCAUUCUGGCAGUCAGUGCUAAUAGCAGGGUUUGUUAAGCUAAAAGUGAUUCCCUCUGAGACUGAGUUCUAUCCUGAUGGUGAAGAUGCUAUUGGCAAAGCUAUUCAGGAUUUCCUUAUCUGUAUAGAGAUGUUCAUUGCAGCUGUGAUGCACUACUUUGCCUUCUCACACAAGCCAUUCAUCAAUGAAGCUGCUCCUCAAGGUAACUGUUGCCAGUCCUUCAUGUCAAUGUGGAACAUCCAAGAUGUCAGGGACGAUGUUGUUGAGCAUGUAAAGGUCGUUACCACGACAAUGAAGAAGACAGUGAGUGGACCGUUCCGCACCCUGCUUCAGAAUGAGUCGACCCCACUCUUGGCAUCAGGGGAGACAAGUAGUAGUGGGGCCAUGCAAAACGUGAAUGAAUUCACUGCUUCACUGCAGUCCAUGCCCAUGCAGGGAGAUACUUACCAGAUGCAAGCUGACACCCAGAGCACAGACUGGGAUGUAACAAGCAUAGACAGAUGGCAAGAACAACGCUCAAAAGACACAAAAUCAGUCACCUCUAGCAUGCACAACUACCUGGACUCCUCAAGUAUGGAGAACCAACCUGUUCAGUCACAAACUAUAGAGCAUUUGGCUGACUCAGACGAGCAUUACAAAAGCAAGCAGCUGACUGAUGUAGAUGAAAAUGGGGAACAUGUGCAAGGUAGUGAAAAUAAGAGGACUGCGAGUGAGAAUGAAAGAGUCAUGGUUAUAAGUGAAACCGUAAUUAAAGGGUCCAAAGAAAAUGAUAUUCAAGAAAAUUGUGAUACUGAUUCCACGUCAGAAAAGCCGUUGAUUGACUUUGAGAAUGGGGAAAAUCAAAGUGAAACUGAUGAAUGACAUAUUGAUGUACAUGUCUAGUGCAAAGAUAUAAUCUUCCAAAAUACAGCUUGAUUAUUUAUUAUUUAUAUCAAAUAUGAUUUGAAUUUCUUUGUGCUGUAUACCAGUUUAUAUCUUACUCAGGGUUAUGCGUUUAAGAAAGUGUACUGCAAUAUACAUUUUUUUAAAUUACACCCAUUCGUUUUGCAAGUAGCUCAAUCUUUGCUUACUGCAGAUAGACGAUUCAUGUGGGUAUAUUACUAAUAAAUACUGGUAGAAUUUUAAAAUGUUGUUCAGUGUAAAAUGCUGCACAAACAAAAGCUUAAUUUCAUGAAUGAAAUGGCUGUGGAAAACAUUAAAUCAUGGAGCCCGUAAUAUUUGUUAUGGUAAUUUUAUCGUUAUUAUUGUAUACUUGUAUAUUAAAAGUAUCACUACCAAUAUGUUAUAAUUAUCUCUGCAAUGUACAUGUAUUUUUUCAGUUCUUAUCAGAGCUCAUGAUUAAUUAGAGAAAUAGUUGUUAUACAACACUUUUUGUAGUACAUGUACACAUCAAAUCAAAGUGAUAAAGUUUUAUAAUGAGAUGUAUGUUUGUAGAUAUGUUUUGAUUCCCACCUUAAUUGCAUGGUUCUGCAUUGUGUUGUUUGCAAUGUAAUUUGUUCAGUCUUUCUGUUAAUAAAAUAAUAUUAUUUUCAUACAUUACAAUAAAGCAACUUAUAAAACAU